AUUAGUACCAAUCAUCAGGCUUUAAUCAUUUUUUCUUGAAUGUCAUUUUUCCAACUCAUGAAUUCUAAUUUUUAGAUUGGAAUUAUAAUUUAAAUUUUAAAUUAAAUAAAAUUUUAAACUAAAAUAUCUUCUCUGAUUUUUAAAUUUAAAUAUCUUUUAAAUAGUUUAAAAUUUUUGACAGAAUUAAAUUAUAAUUUUUUUUAUAAGAAAUGCUUCAAUAAAUCAUUUAAUGUAUUCAAAAUUAUAUCAUUUUAUUUAAAAAAAAUAUGAUUGAAAUCUUGUACAUUUAACCUACAAAAAUAAUUUAUACAUGAUAGAUUUUUUGAACUAAAUAACUUUUGUUUGUAAAACAUUUUUUUGAUAAUUUCAAUUUUUUAUGAGAUGUUCCAUUGUUUUCUUUUCUGCACAAAAAUCAUAUAUAAAAUAAACAAGCAACAAUCGCAUAUUAUUAUACACAUAAUAAAAAUUUCAUAUUCAACUCAAAAUGGUUUGUGAAAAGUGUGAAAAGAAAUUAGGAAAAGUCAUAACUCCAGAUCCUUGGAAAAAUGGUGCAAGAAAUACUGUAGAAAGUGGAGGACGUAAAGUUGGAGAAAAUAAAGCACUUUCUGCAGGAAAGGCAAGAUUUAAUCCUUAUACUACUACUUUUGAGACAUGCAGAAUAUGUAGGCAGAAAGUACAUCAAGUUGGAUCUCAUUAUUGUCAAUCAUGUGCAUAUAAGAAAGCUAUAUGUGCAAUGUGUGGUAAAAAAUUAAUGAGUACAAAAAAUUAUAAACAAUCUGCUACAUAGAAAUUCAUUUGUUAUUAUGUUAUGUCAACUAUAAAAUUAAUUUAAUUUAAAAGAAUUAAUUUCAUUUAAACAAACAUAUUUUACUAAUUCAAUAAUAUUAAAUACUAAAUAAUAAUAAGUAAUUUUUGUGAUUUUAAUAAAAUAUGAUGUAGAAAUACUAUAACAAAUUUUUUUUUUGUAAAACUAAAUUUAUUAUUUAGAGUUUUUUAUAUUUAAAAAACUUUUUAUUGAAAUAAUUUAAUAUUUAAAAAUAAUAAAAGUUGAUAAAUUAUUUAAAAAAAAUUUUAUUUUUUAAAUGUAAUCUAAGAAAUCUUAUAUUGUUUUAGUAAAAUAAAAAAUGCUCUAAGAGAAAAAAUCUGACUGAUUAAAAUGUAUUAUUUAAGUAGAUAAUGUAAUAUAUUAAUAUAUUAUUAUAAAAUAUUAAUAAUCUUAACUAUCAUUUAGAAAAUAUUAUGUAAUAAUACAAUAGUAAAAAUUGAAUAUAUUCAUUUUGAAAAAAAUACAAAUUAUUAAAAUUUUUAAAUAUAAAAUAAAUAAUAUAAUUUAAAUAUAAAGUAAAAAUGAAUACUUAUAUAUAUACAUGUAAAUUCUAUUAUAUUAAAUUUAUUCUUAAAUUAUUUAUUAUAAUAGACUUUGCAUAAAAUAAACUACAAUUUUAUGAUCUAUAUUUAUAUUAUUAUUUAAAAUAUUAUUAUAAUAUUAUAAAUUUUUAUAAAAAUAUAUUUUUGAAUUUUUUAUAUAAUAGCUUUUUUUUAUUUAAAAAUAUAUUUUAGAUUUUUAUUUAAUUUUAUUUAAAAUGAAUAUGUAAAUAAACAAAUUAAUAGCAUUAAAUAUUUUAAAAUUAUAAAUUUUAUUUGAGAUUAUACCCCAGUUUUUUUUCUAGACAAACUUUGUAUAUUUUAUAUGUUAAAAUUAACAAUAUUUGUAAUAACCAUUAGAAGAUAUAAUAUUUUUACAACUUUGCUUCAAAUGUCUAAGAUUCUUUGUUAAAAUAAAACAAAAUCAAAAGAAUUUUAGUUUUAAAUUCAAUUUUUUAUUGUUAUCAAUUUUAUAUUGACAAGAAUAAACAUUUGAAACAAGAAUGAACAUUUUGAAAUUGUAGAAAUUGUAAUUGAAAAUAUUAUGAUAUUUUGUAAUAAUUAUUACAUUUAUAUUGCUAAUUUAAUUUUCUUAAAUAAUACGUUAUUUAUCAUUAAUUUUAUAUUUUAACUUAUUGUAAUUCUUGAACAAUACUUUCAAUAUAUAUUUACAUAAAAUGUAUAGAAUAAAGUUUUCGAUCACAUAAAAAAUA